AAUGUCUUUGUCAACUUCAGUUUGGCGUUUAAUGGCGGUUCUCAAUGUGUUGCUAAUUGGAAUUUGAGAUCUUUUUUGCAACAAUUUGCCUAAUUUUGCCGAAAAGUCUGCUGCAAUGCCACCUUUGGAGGUGAAUACAACUGUAGAAGACACGGCCCCCUCAAAUCCGGUUGUGGGCAUUAUCUACCCUCCGCCUGAGGUUAGAAAUAUUGUCGAUAAGACCGCCAGUUUCGUAGCGAGAAAUGGCCCAGAAUUUGAAGCCCGAAUUCGUCAGAAUGAAUUGGGAAAUCCCAAGUUCAACUUCUUGAACACUGGCGACCCAUAUCAUGCCUACUAUCAGCAUAAAGUCAAUGAAUUCAGGGAGGGAAAAGCCCAAGAACCCAUUCUGUCCCAAGGCAUUUCGAAGCUAACAGUAUCAGCCAGUCAACAACAGAAACAGCAUGAGAUUCUCAAGCAAGUCGAGCAGCCGUUUGUGCCCAAAGAACCUCCACUAGAUUUUGAAUUUGUAGCGGAUCCCCCGUCUAUAUCUGCUCUGGAUUUAGACAUCGUAAAACUAACCGCACAGUUUGUUGCGAGAAAUGGCAGAGCCUUUCUAACGCAAUUGAUGAACAGGGAGCAAAGAAACUUCCAGUUCGACUUUCUAAGACCGCAGCACUCCUUGUUUCAGUACUUCACCAAGUUGCUGGAACAAUACACUAAGGUGUUAAUCCCGCCGAAGACUAUGCAACAAAAGCUAAGAGAUGAAGUGAAAAGUUCCCAAACUGUUCUGGAACAGGUCAAAUACAGAGCUGAAUACCAGAAGUACCAAGAGGCCCAAAAAGCGAGGGAGGAGGAAAUUUUGGAAAGGGAACGAGUUGCAUAUGCCCAGAUCGAUUGGCAUGACUUUGUCGUGGUGGAAACGGUCGAUUAUCAAUCCUUCGAAAUCGGGAACUUUCCACCACCUACUACUCCUGAAGAAGUCGGAGCCAGGAUAUUGAUCCAGGAAAGAAUGGAAGAGGGAGAAGACAUCGAAAUGCAACUGGAGAGCGACGAUGAAGAAGGAGGAACUGAGGAUUCCGGCCUUAGUCAGAUGGAAGACCGCACCAGCACUUCGAACAGAAAGGACGCUAAGGAUAACAAUCAAGUCCAGGACAUGGAUGAGGAAAGUUCUGAUGAGGACAACGGGCCAGAAUCCGAGCAAUUGCCUAUGCAGCCACCACUUCCUCCUAUUCCCGAUAAAGUCCUUGUUAAGAAAUACGACCCGAAACAAGCUCCAAAAGUAACCAGACCCACAGUGGGAGAUGACUACUUAGUGUCCCCAAUUACUGGCGAGAAAAUUCCGGCCAGCAAAGUCCAGGAGCAUAUGAGAAUCGGUUUACUUGAUCCCAGAUGGGUUGAGCAGAGAGACAAGCACGUUUCCGAUAAGAUGAAUCAAGACACUGUCUACGCUCAAGGCACUGCUAUUGAAGCAAGUUUGAAACUUUUGGCAGAACGUCGUACUGAUAUCUUCGGUGUGGGAGAUGAAGAAACUGCCAUUGGUAAGAAGAUAGGCGAAGAAGAAACGAAAAAAGAUGAGAAAGUGACUUGGGAUGGUCAUACAUCGAGUGUGGAAGCGGCGACAAGGGCUGCAAGAGCGAAUAUCACUCUUGAGGAGCAAAUUCAUCAAAUCCAUAAGGUUAAAGGAUUACUUCCUGAUGAGGAGAAAGAGAAAAUCGGGCCUAAGAAUGUGCAAGGAGCUACCAAACUAAAACAAACAUCUGCUCCAGUUAUUAAGCAGCAACCCUCGAUACAAGUGCCUGCAAAGCCGUCAGUCAUCACAACUUCAGCUCCUCCUCAAAUAACUAUUCCCGUGCCACCUCAACCGCAGAUUUUAACCGCGCAGCCUUCAAUCAUGAUGAUGCCUGCCCCUCCAAUGGCUCCUAUGCGUCCUUCUUUAAUGAUGCCUGCACACCCUUCGAUGCCAGGCUUUGUCACUCCCAUGCCGGCGCCUCCAAUGGGAGGACCUCCAAUGAACAUGGCGGUAAAGCAUCCCAACGACGGCCCGAUUGAGGAGGAACCGUCUAAUAAGAAACUGCGCAAUGAAGACUCGUUAAUUCCUGAAGAAGUUUUCUUGGCUCGAAACCCUAGCCCUGUAAGCAUUAAGGUGACCAUUCCUAUGAUGCCGGAGAAAUCUGAAUGGAAGCUGAACGGCCAAGUGCUGGGAUUCACGCUGCCCUUAGCGGACAAUGUGGCUAAUCUGAAAACGAAAAUUCAGGAGGAACUCAACAUGCCACCGGCCAAACAGAAGCUCUUCUUUGAUGGCAUGUUCUUCAAAGACCAAAACUCUCUGGGCUACUACAACAUUACCCAGGGCGCCGUUAUUCAAUUGCAAGUCAAGGAAAGAGGCGGCAGAAAGAAAUAGGUCUCGCGACAUUUAACGUAUAUGCAUGUUGAAGCAAGUUCUUCAGCGUUUUUAUUUGAAGGGUAACAUUCAAGUAGAGGAUUUAAUUCGAACAUACAAUACAUUGACAACACGC